AUGAAAAUGUCUAAUGCUCUCGUCGAAAUUGUCUCUGAAUUUUCGGGAUUCCAACAUCUUCAUACUUCUGCUUCAUCUCCAUCUAUUCCUACUACUCCAGUGGUUUCAAGAAAAUCAUCAUCAUUGGAUGCUCCCCGGCAUUCUCUCAAUAUUACCGUGGGAGUAGUCGAAAUGAGCCAGAUCACCAGAAACAACAGUGCCACCAGUCUCAACGAUUUCAACUGCGCUCUUAGAAAAAAUUCAUCUGCAUCGUAUCUUAUCAUCGAAUAA